AUGAAGGUAUCGUAGAAAUAGUAAAUUACAAAUUUGAUGAAAAAGAAAAAGAAGCUAAAAAUAAUAAUAAUAAAGAUCCUUCUCCUCUUAUAACUAUUACUGAAGCUGUAGAAGUCUUGAAAAAA